CCUCACCUCAUCACACGUUUACCAUCGCCUCUCUCACCGUCUUUAUGAGAGAAGGGUGUUACUCCAGAUUCGGAACUGGACGCUCACUUUCAUUAGGUAGAUCGGCUAAGGUCUCAUCCGAUUCAUUCACGGAUCUCACUAGAGAGAGUUAAAUCAUCUCACCAACUUCUUAUCUCACAUCCAUCAAGCCGGCGCUCAUCGAGACACACAUACACGCAUCUUUCAUCCUCACCCUCACCGCCAAACAAUGGACAUCGACCAAGCUCCUACAACGGAAACCGUAUCCAGCCCGCCGCCUCUCUUACAAGACGAAGAAGCCCACCUGAAAGCACGCACCUCGGACUCCAAAUUCUGGCUCGACUUCUCCCUCUUCGACGACGGCCUCAACGCCCCGCGCGCAGCGUCUCUCGCGGCCCUCUCAGAAUUUCACCGCUUCCCGGACCUGCCACCGGAGAUCCGCCUCAAGAUAUGGUCAUAUCUCAUUGCACCCCGCGUCGUGACGGCCUGCUGCUUCGAGCGCGACGCCAGGCUGCCUGUCCGGCGUGAGGCGUUUGCGAACCGUUCACUCGCCGCACCCUAUGACCCCUUAUCCUUCUCUUACUCUUCCUCCUCCUCUUAUUCUCCCACGAAUACAGCAUCAGAAAGCAGCAAACGGGUCUUCAACCCAACAUGCCCCCUCAUCCUCCUCAUCAGCCGCGAAUCCCGCGCCCUCGGCCUAAAACACUACGAACUCGCCUUUGGCUGGCGCAUCUCGGCCCUCCUCUCCGACACCCCCAUCGCCCGCCCCCCGCGCGUCUGGUUCAACUUCGCCCUCGACGCCCUCUACCUCGUCGGCGAGCUCGAGGCCUACGACCAGUACGGCUUCAACAGUCCCAUGGUGUAUUUCCUGCGCAAGGAGGAUACGAGGCGCGUGCGGCACGUCGCCUGUGCGUUUGAGGAGCUGCAUUACCCCGAGCAGGAGUCGGAUCAGAUCUUUGGGUGUCUGUGGCACGUUGUCGAUCGGUUCGCGGGCGCGAAGCGGUUGAUGGUUGCCGUAACGCCACGGGACGAGGAGGGUAUGAAGGGGUGUCUUAUGUUGAAUCCGGAUAAUAUUAUGCAGAAGAUUUGGAACGGGUGGAUUCUGGGAACGACGGUGACGAGUUCUAGUCUGGCGGAUACGCAGAUUUUGAUGGUCAGGGAGGGCGAUCUGGCUGAUGUCUUGGCUUGUCAUGCCGAAGAGGACGAGGAGAAAGGGGGCAAGAGAUCUGUCGUGACGGUGUGCCCUUAG